CGUCUACGGCUAUGUGAUGGCAAAUAGUAGAGGUGAGGAUCUCACUCACUGGCAGAAUCUCAUGGAAACUGCCCAUGGCGCGUCAGCCAUCGAUCAUGUCCAAACCGCCGAACUGGAUUUCGGAAUUUCAAAUCGAGCUAUUGUCACCAAGGACCCCGAGAACAUCAGAGCUUUACUCACCGGCCAGUUCGCGGACUAUGGCAAAGGAGAGCCUUUUCAUCACGACUGGAAGGAGUUCUUGGGCGACAGUAUCUUCGUCACAGAUGGCGAACUUUGGUCCCGUUCGCGUCAACUUAUCCGGCCCAUGUUCACCAGGGACCGCAUCGUGGACACAGAAAUCUUCGAGCAUCACGUUCAACACCUUAUCCCUCUCCUGGCUGGAACCAAGAGCAACAAGGUCGUCGACGUGACUCCCCUGUUCCUUCGAUACACCCUAGACGCUGCCACAGCCUAUCUCUUCGGCGAAGGCACCAACAGCCUGCAGAAUCCAGCCACCAGCUUCGCCGAAGCCUUCAGCUACGUACAACAUCGGCAAAGCGAGAUCUUCUGCUACGGCCCCUUCAAUCCCAUCCUCUCCCGUACCAAGUUUCGACAAGAGCUUAAGAAAAUGAACGACUUCAUGGCACCCUUCAUCCAGCGGGCUUUAUCCCUUAGCCCCGAAGAACUUGACAAAUCACUCUCAAAGCAAGAAACGUUUAUCCACGCCCUGGCACGCUUCACCAGAGACCCCAAGGUCAUUCGAGAUCAACUAACGGCCAUCUUGCUCGCUGGGCGCGACACAACCGCCACGACUCUCGCUUUCUGUUUCUUCGAGCUAGCCCGCAACCCCUCCGUAGUUGCAGCCCUCCGAUCUGAAAUCGCCUCCCGCCUCGGUCUAGGCCCAUCCGGCCGCAAACCCACUUACACCGACCUCAAGGACAUGAAAUAUCUCACUGCCGUGCUUAACGAAACGAACCGCCUCUAUCCUGUUGUUCCCUUCAACGUUCGCUACGCUCUGAAAGAUACGACCCUCCCCCGCGGCGGUGGCGCCGAUGGCAACGGGCCUGUAGGUAUUCGUGCCAACACGCGGAUGAUCUACUCGACCAUGAUGAUGCAGAGGGAUCCGGCGCACUACCCGCUCCCUGGAAGUAAGAACUACUUUGAUCCUGGCAAGUGGGUCCCGGAGAGAUGGAUGGGUGAUUGGGUGCCGAAACCGUGGCAUUUCAUUCCGUUUAAUGGUGGACCUAGAAUCUGUCUGGGACAGCAGUUCGCUAUGAUUGAGAUGGGGUAUACGGUGGUGAGAAUCUUGCAGGUAUAUGAGUCGCUAAGGGCUAUGCCGCCAGCCGGGAAGGACAAGGUCGAGGAUCCGAUGCUGAGAUUCAAAAUUACUUUAAACCCGGGAAGCGAGUUGAAUUGUGUUUUUGAGUGAUGGUAAGGACAAGUUGAAAGGUAGGGGUGAUUACAAAAAUCAAGCGGGGAAUGGAGGAACUGAUUGUUACGGUAGUCCAUGCUUUUUUUUAGUUGGUAAAUAUUGUUCUAUGGAAUGGGAGUCUUUAUAUGUACUCGUAA